CUCCGCUUCCGCCUCGGCUGUCGUUAUGCGAUAGUGAGCAACGUACCGUCCCAAAAAAACACCAGAGUGCCUCAAACCUGACGCUCGAAACCGACCCUGUCUUAUUUGUUCGGCACUCAUUUGUUUGCUCUCUUCUCUUUUUGACAUUGCUCCUGCUUUCUGUCCGCGCUUUUGAACCCCUUUCUAAACAAAACAUUGAAGGGACCUGCACCAUCAAUUUGUAGUGCUUUGCUUACUGCGGCGAAGCCUUACAAAACCAUCAUUUAUCAAUUGAUAAUUCCACUUUCCAUCUCAACACGAAGCGAACUCAUCCCGCCGAAAUUUCAAUAGCAAAAUGUCAUCAAGUGACGUCGAAAAAGCGAAAGCGAAGAGCAAUGAUGCUCUCACGAUGCUCUUCAACUCCUCCCUCGACAAGCGUAUCACCCAAUUGGUUAAGAUCCUAUCCAGUGCCGCUGGAAUAGAUGCCACGUUCUGCUUCCUCGGCUAUGGCGCCGUUCUCACCUCUGCGCAACUUCAAAUCAUUUCUCAAUACGUCGCGAAAACCGAGCUAAAAGCCAGACUUCUGUCCAUCGCGCUUUCUGCAAAAAAUCUCGGUGCACUUUGUAGUGACGUGAGGACGUUUCUUCGACUUUGGGGUCUGCUGAAAUUAUAUCUUGGUGCCAAAGCCGCGUAUCUCACCCCUCCAAAGGAUACUAUCCUCAAGAUGAUCAGCUGGUCCCAACUUGCGAGCAUGUCAGGGUACUUCUGGUACGAAAAUGGAGUAUAUCUUGCUGGAAAAGGUAUUCUUCGUGGCGCUGGCUUCACGCCUGCCGAGCUGGGACCGAAGAUGCGUCGUGCCAUUUGGCUUUACGGCUUGUACCUCGUCUUGGACUUUGUUCGUCUUUACAGACUUACGCAAUUGGCCAGCGCUGAUUCACGUCCGCAAACGAAAGCAUCGUCGACUUCGCUUGGUGGUGAGAAGGAUGUUGCUGUAGUAGAUGAAGCAGCACUGGCUAAGAAAGCAGCUGAUGAAAGAGCAUGGUACAAGAGUUUGUACGUUGAUUUGUCGUAUUUCCCGCUAUGUUUCCACUGGGGAGUGGAAGGAGGAACUAUCCCAGCACAAUGGGCGGAUCUCGUCGUUGGAGCACUAUGUAGCUGCGCUGGCUACGUCAGCUUCAAGGAACAACUCAUUAACACGGCAUAACAGGGUAAUUCUGAGCAGAAUAAGUUCUGAUUGUUUGUGAAUCUGCCGAGUUGUGCUUUGAAGAUACAUGAUUAGCCUCUGUCAUAUUAGUAUUGUCCUAUUCGGUCGUGGACUAUUCAUGGUUCGCAUUCGUCAAUCACAUAAAUAUCAGUGCGUCAAUUUCGUGUCUU